AUGGCUCCGCCGGAGGACAAAAAAAUCUACAGAAUUCGCUGUGCCAAGACAGCGAAUCAAGUUCUGGAGCUGAACGAUGGACAGAUAUGGAACCGCAUCUCUUUGGCGAAAAGAGACACGGCCAAAGCGUCGCAGAAAUGGAAAGUCUACAAGACUAGUAACAACGAGUAUUACAUGGAUAACGAAGAUGAAGAUACUGCAUACAUAUCUCCUCCCGCUGAUCACAGUGACGGCCAACUAUUUGCUUCGAAUCUCAAGCCGGAGAAGAAUGAAAUAUUGAGAUGGCGAUUAGCAGAAGACUCCGACGGCUCGUUCAAGGUAGAAAAUGUGGCAUUUCGCAAUAGAGUAGUGGACGUUGCGAAUGACCCGGCCACGCCCGGGCCUGGCGACAAGGCCAUUAUUUACAAAUCCAAAGAUGCUCAUUUUGAGAACCAGAGGUGGAAUUUCGACCUGGUUGACUAA